GGAGCGAAAAGCGCCAUACAGACUUGAACGGCGGCGAAGUCGCACCAUGAUGUGAGGCGAUGAAAUUGUUUAAUAUCUAUUAGACAUAAUAUAUAGAUAGUAUAAAAUAAUCUACAGAGUGUGAAUGUAAAGAAUACGUCGCUUUUGUGUUGCAUCGAAAUCCUCAUGCUAAGGUGAACCAGCACACAGCAGCAAUGUCUCAGCAGCCUCAGCAGCGGGUGGUUCAGCUGUCAGCGGCCGCGCUCGCCGUGGUGCUGCGGAAGGACGACGACGACGACGACGACUGUGCGAGCAGCGGCCACGAUGUCUUCAUGGAUUUUAAAUCGCAAAAUCUGCGCAGCUUCUGGAAUAAAAGGCUCGUAAAUGCAGUGUCCGAAGUGUACUUUCAAGGCUGGAUGGAAAAUUCGGUGCUGCUCGUUCAGGGAAGCAGCAGUCAUUUGGAGGUGCUGAGGGAAGCGUGGAUGCGCAGAGCUCUCAGGUCGCCCAAGGGAUACAUUAUCAAAGCUGUGGGUGAUUUGUCUCCAGUACAAAUGUCACCUAUCUGUCAGUCGCAGUUUAUUCCACUGUCUGAGGUACUGUGCUCUGUCAUAUCCGACAUGAAUGUUGCUCAUGUCAUGGUCAACCAGGAAACACUAAUUAAUCACAUGAUGAAAGCCCAUCCAGGAAUGGCCAUUCCCACUCAAGAGAUCCUCUACAAUGCUCUGGGAGCUCUCAUUAAAGAGAGAAAAAUCUACCACACUGGAGAGGGAUACUUCAUUGUUACACCUCAAACAUACUUUAUCACCAACAACAUGGUGAAGGAGAAGAACUGGUGGACAGGCGAUAAUGACCAUAUCUCUCCUCCUCCCAUCACGUACCUGAUGAGCAAUGAGAGCUGCAUGGAUGCUUCUACUGAAGUACCCCUUAUGGCUCACUGCAAGUCCUGUAGUUGCUUUACACCUCAACAAACUGCCCCUCCUUCUGUCCAGGAGCAGUCUAUCAACUUAAGUGAAUGCACUGGGAAAAGCCUUAAGUGGCCCAGAGAACAUAAGCCAACAGUCCAACACCAAUCCACAUCUACGGCAGCAGACUACCAGGCGAGCGAAAUCAGCAAGUCUACAGUCACUAGCCGUAAGGACAAGGAAAAACCUGGACGUAAAUUCGGCCUCAACUUGUUUCGGCGUAACACGGGAAAGAAGGAGAACAAGCUAAAGAAGGAAUAUGCCACCUUCUCUGGACAGUUCCCACCAGAGGAAUGGCCAGUCAGGGAUGAGGAUGAUCUUAAUAACCUUCCCAGAGAUUUGGAGCAUGCUAUCAUUAAACGGAUCAACCCUGAGCUAACUGUUGAUAACCUCGUCCGCCAUACAGUCCUAAUGAAGAAAUUGGAAGAGAAGGCAGAGAGAGUGACCAAGGCCCUGACUACUGACAAAGGCAUGUCCACAGAGAUCCUGCUCCCUAAGCAAAGGCACCAUUCAACCAAAGCUAGUGGCAGAAGAUUAGCCUCGAAAGCCAGUCGAAGCAAAAGGAGAGUUCCCUCUGUAAAAGAGAAACAGAGGACAAAGAGUAAGGAUGUUCCAUGUGAUGAGGAUUUACAGGGAGAUGAUCUCAUCCCAUCAUGCCUCAGGCCUGAAUUAAUCCAAGAGGAGCCUGCUCAUCACGAGGACUGUGCAGGUUUAGAUGCAAAAUUUGUCUAUAAGAAACGCAUAGAGGAUCCGUUUCAGCUGAUGCCAGUAAGUCACACAGCCGUCAAUCAUAAGGAACAAAGGAGGAGGGAAGCCAAGACGUCGAGUCGACGAGAGCGAGCGGGCCACAGGUCAAAGUCCUGGGAUCCGCACUGUGUGAAAGGGAUCAGUGAAGAGAUGCAAAAAUCCUGCAUGCUGUUGGACAGGUCAUGUGAACAGCUUCAUGAAAGAGGGCUGAAUUUGGAUUCUACCAUGGAGGCUAAAACAAUCCAAGAACUUCCUGGAGACUACAGCUCUUUCUACCCCGAGAACAGCACACUGAGGAUAGAAGACAAAAUCAAACAGAAAGACAGAGAGUUCAGCAAUGGGAGAGCGAAGCCGACAAAAGUUUUACAAGAGAGAGAUUUAAAAGUUAUUUCUGAUCAAAAACUUGGUACGGACCUUGCUUCACUUUCAUACGAAACAACAGAGCUACCCGUGUCAUGGCCCAAACCUUCAGUUCGGUGUAGAUUGUCUCUACAUCUAGUUAACGGCAAAGAUGAAUCUGACCACUGUCCUGACCUUCUCUCCUCACAUCAGCAAACUGGCAGCAUGACAAGCAGCCAUCACCUGGCCAACAGCGAGAGGGUACACAGAAACACAAGCCAUGCAGACAGUGAAGUACACACUGAUACAGAGCAGCACAUUUACCAGAAUAUUGAAGAUGAAGAUGAUGGAUGUAGCUCCCUCUACCUGAAUGAGGAGCAUGUCAAUGAGUUAGUUCACCCUGGCACAUCUCGCUGCCGUGAGCCAGUCUGUUUUGACGGGAACUGGGACAGCUCUUUCAUAGAAGAAAACAUAUUAACUCUUCGUCAAGACACCAAACGAGUCGCACAGAGACAGCAUGAAUACAGGUGGCCUCAAACUGAGCACAAGCCUGGCUUGUCCCACCUACCAGCAGAUUGCAUUCCUGUGGGAAAGCCGCAACACGUGGAUGAGAAACUGAAUAAACCCAGCCCAGGACACUCGGAGCCCACGGACACUCUGGACGUCAGUAUCUUUGAUUACAGUCACACGAGCGAGAGAGGCUCAGACACUGAAACAGUACUGAAGUCCGCAGAUGAUGAUGAAGACCAAGCCAGCCACUGGGUUUGUCACUCACAGGACUACAAACAGAAUCAAUCAGUGAAUGCUGAUAACCUUCAACCUGCAAGCCUGGGUCACUGCGAUCGUACCGGUGUCUGUCCGAGUGAAACAACAGAGAAUCAGAGCAACACAGCAGACAGCGGGAUUGACUCUCCGAGGACACGCAUGAGUCUAAUCUCAUCCAACUCUGUGAUACUGCAAGGGCUGAAACGACGUACUUUCCUGCAGAACCUUGAAAAGCUCCACUCCAAAACCAACGGCAUUCAUCCUCAAAGUUCCCUGCUCCAGCUCACUCCUGUCAUGAAUGUGUGAACAGCAGGGUGUAGAUUCACACACUGUGCUCUGAGCUCGCUCACCCACCUCUGUAUAAUUGUGCAUAUUUAUAGCUAUUUCAUGUAAAUAUUUUUUGUUGAUACAAUAUUGAGCAGCGCAUGUGGUAUUCUGGGGUAACUGGACUAGCUAGGCUUUUUUUUUAUAGAUUUUUUUUUAGUAGCUAUUUUUAGUACUGAGCUACUCUGUUUAUAAAGAGGGUGGCAUUAGUUAAAUUAAUCCUUUACACUUCAAAUUCCAAACAUGAAUCCCUUGUAAAUUGUGACGAAAAAUAAAAUGUUU